AUGGUGAAGAAAGCCAGUGAUCUGUUCAAUUCUAACCUGGAUAAUUAUACUGAAGAGAUACUGCGUGGUAAAAUAUCAGUCGAGUGUCCACCAACGGCUAAAAUCGUCCGCAUCUUCACCAGCAGUACAUUUACAGAUACUCGACACGAGAGGAACUAUUUAAUGGAGAAAAUCUACCCCAAAUUAAAAGAAUUUUGCCAAAAUUUGGGUUAUGAAUUUCAAGUUGUUGAUAUGAGAUGGGGAGUACGAGAUGAGGCUACAGAUGAUCAUAUGACUACAGAACUUUGUUUGAAAGAAGUAGAUCUAUGUAAUAAAAUUUCCACUGGACCGUCAUUUGUAACAUUUCUAUCUCACAAAUAUGGAUACAGAGAUUUACAACGAGAAAUUGAAGCUGGGGAGUUUGAGAAGUUAUAUGACGCUGCUAGAACAGACAAAGUAAAGAAUUUGUUGUCGAGAUGGUUUACAAGAGAUGAUAAUUCUGUACCACCGACCUAUAUCUUACAACCCAUCAGUUCUAGAAUACCAGAAUUUAUAUCGGAAGUUGAGGACGAGAAAUCAAAGGCUAAGAAUUUGUGGAAUUCUGAACGAGAUGAAAUGAGACAAGGCCUAGUUCAAGCUGCUCAACAGAUCCUGGAUUCUGAAUCAAGUCACAAAUAUGUAAGAUCGGUAACUGAAACCGAGAUAGAUCGUGGUUUAAUCAACGGUGAAAAUGCUGUAAUUCAAAAUAUCCGAGAUUACCAACUUAAGUUAGCUGGAUAUGCUUUCUCUCUUUCAGAAUGCUUUGGUACAGAAGAAUAUAUCCAAGAAUCUCACAAACUUCUGACCAAAUUAAGUGAACAAAAGCUCAGAUCCAAAAUACCUACAGACCACAUUUUGACCUACCCAAUACAUUGGACCAAUAAAGGAAUUGAUCCCGUAUCUGAUAAAGCUCACAAAUUAUACAUUGAAAAACUUGGAAAUGAUUUUGAGAAAACUAUAAAGAAUGUAAUGGAAGCAAUAGUUCAAAAGGAAGUAGAUUUAAUAAAUACACCGUUGUAUCAAGAAGUAUUUCAACAUAUUAUAUUCUGUCAAGAAAAAUGUAAAGCUUUCCAUGGACGAGAAGAGACAUUUCAUAUAAUACAAGAGUAUAUGAAUGAUCCUAAGAUUGAUGAACCAUUGAUAGUUCAUGGAGAGUCGGGUUCAGGUAAAACGUCUAUCAUGGCAAUGGCAGUGAAAAAUGCCUGGAGUACUGAAGUUCACCAAACCACAAUUAUCAGAUUUUUAGGAACCACUCCCGAUAGUUCCAAUAUUGGUAGUUUACUUCUCAGUGUUAUUAACCAAAUAAGGACUGUUUAUAAUCAGGACCUUAUUAAGCCUGGAAUGACGUUAAAGGAACUAGCAAAUGAGUUUGAAAACACAUUAGAUCUAGCUAUGGAAGAAAGACCAUUACUUGUAGUAUUGGACUCACUGGAUCAAUUGGAUAUUACUGGUGGUGCUCGACAACUCUCCUGGCUUCCUUCUAAAUUACCAAAACAUGUAAAAAUGAUAGUAUCCACUCUCCCAGAACCAGAGUAUGAAUGUUUUCCCAGGUUACAGGUAAGUGUAGCUUGA